UCUUUUAAAGAUGGCUGCGCCCAUGAAGGAGGCAGAUUCGAAUAGUGGAAAAGUAGAAGACGAUGCUCUGAACUUGUCAUCGCCUUCUUUCGACCCUUUAAGAGCCCUUUACAGUAGCCGAGUCUUAUUGCCAUGUCCAAACAUAGUGCCAUUAAAUAACAUUGCCGAAUAUGUGUCAUUUAGUGAAGGGAAAUCCAGAAGACAUAGACAAGCUCAGGGACUGUCCGACACUGUGCAAAGGAACACUUCGCGUGAAAAACUUAUCUCUCGUAACGAUGAUAAAAGAAGCCAUCACUUACAAAAGAGCAGUUCCUCACAUAGUGCCACAGAAAUGUUACAUACUACUCACAAAGUUACAGAUGAACCCAAGGGGAAGAAUGAUAGGGAUGACAGUGAAAGAAAACUUCCAAAGCAAAGAAGAAAUGUUCUCACUAGAAUGGAAGGUUAUAGAAGUGGGCCACUUAGUUUUCUGCAAAGGUGUGUUCAAGAAAGGCUAUUAGUUCAGGUGUGGAUCCGAAGUGCAGUUGAUCUCAGAGGAGUGUGUAAAGGAUACAUUGUAGCUUUUGACAAACAUUUCAAUCUGGCAAUGAUUGAUGUUGAUGAGCUCUAUAGGUGCCCAUUGUGGAAAGAGGCACAACUACGCAAGGAGAACAAGAGAGAAAAACGGAGAGUUAAACAACUAAAAGAACAGAUGGCACAGUUGUCAGUGAUUGACCAGCCAACAACCACCACCGAGUUGUAUUCACAGAAAAAGGACAGCAAGGAGGAAAGUGAAAACAAAGUUGUCUCCCUUCCUCCAAAUGACGAGAUCUCAUCUAAAACGGAUUUAAAGCAGGUACCAGAGAAGAAAGACUCUAUUUCAGAAGUUCAAUCCUUGGAGAAGAUUCAAAUAUUAGGUAAAAAUCAGAAAGAUUCGUCAACAGUGAGUGAAUGUGACCAGACACAAGAUAAAAUUGCUGAAAAACCUCAAUCAAGUGAAAAAACUCCUCAUUUGCCAAGUGGACAGGUUGAAGCUUCUUCCACUGAAGAAGACACCACCUCUCUUAAUGAAGAAGACCCUACCUCUCUUAAUGAAGGAGAACCUCCUCCUUCCAAAUCCGUAUCUCAGUUUUUAGAGAGACAUGUCAAUCAAUUGUUUAUAAGAGGAGAUAAUGUUGUUUCUAUAAUGAUGCUAGAAUGAAAUUUGUUUAUUUUUUUCAGGAAGAUAUGUACAUGUAUUUCAGUUGUUUAUUAGAGAAGAUAU